GGGGGGCUUUUGCCAUUUUUUUCAUCUCUCUCUCUCUCUCCUUCUCUCUCUCCCUCUCUCUCCCUCUCUCUCCCUCUCUCUUUUUUUUUCUCCCUUGCACAAAAAAAAAAAAAAAAAAGCCAUGACUGCUAUCCCACAAUUCAUCUUCCCUGCGCCAUCUUUGUAUUAUUUCUAAUUUAUUUUGGAUGUCAAAAGACAUUGAUGAAGAUAUUUUCUCUGGAGUCUCCUUCCUCUCUAACCCGUCUCUCCCGAUGUGAACCGAGCGACUCACAAGCCACCGAAGCCACCAACCCACCAUGUCGCGCCGCAAGCAAGGCAAACCCCAGCACUUAAGCAAGCGGGAAUUUUCACCCGAGCCGCUGGACGCCGUCCUGAGCGAGGAGGAGCCCGAGCCCGGCGCCCUGGGAGCUCCGGAGGGGGACCACGACCUCCUCACCUGCGGCCAGUGCCAGAUGAACUUCCCGCUGGGGGACAUCCUGGUUUUUAUCGAGCACAAGCGGAAACAGUGCGGCGGCGGCCUCUGCCUGGAGAAGGCUGUGGAUAAGCCGCCGUCGCCGUCGCCGAGCGAGCGGAAGAAGGCGUCCACCCCCGUGGAGGUUGGCAUCCAGGUGACGCCGGAGGACGACGACUGUUUGUCGACGUCGUCCAGGGGGGUCUGCCCCAAGCAGGAGCACGGAGCAGGUAAAGAUGAGCCCAGCAGCUACACGUGUACGACUUGUAAACAGCCUUUCAACAGCGCCUGGUUUCUCUUGCAACACGCACAGAACACGCACGGAUUAAGGAUCUACUUAGAAAGCGAGCACGGCAGCCCCCUGACGCCACGGGUUGGUAUCCCAUCAGGACUAGGUGCAGAGUGCCCUUCCCAGCCACCUCUCCACGGGAUUCACAUUGCAGACAAUAACCCUUUUAACCUGCUCAGAAUACCCGGCUCGGUCUCGCGAGAGGCGCCGGGCCUGGGCGAAGGGCGCUUCCCACCCACGCCUCCCCUCUUUAGCCCUCCCCCAAGGCACCAUUUGGAUCCGCAUCGCAUAGAGCGCCUGGGUGCGGAAGAAAUGGCUCUGGCCACCCAUCACCCUAGUGCCUUUGACAGGGUGCUGCGACUGAACCCCAUGGCGAUGGAGCCGCCGGCUAUGGAUUUCUCCCGGCGCCUGCGGGAGCUGGCCGGCAACACCUCCAGCCCGCCCUUGUCCCCGAGCCGGCCCAGCCCUAUGCAAAGGCUGCUGCAGCCCUUCCAGCCGGGCAGCAAGCCCCCGUUCCUGGCCACGCCGCCCCUGCCUCCCCUCCAGUCCGCGCCUCCUCCCUCCCAGCCGCCCAUCAAGUCCAAGUCGUGCGAGUUCUGCGGGAAGACCUUCAAGUUUCAGAGCAACCUGGUCGUGCACCGCCGGAGCCACACCGGCGAGAAGCCCUACAAGUGCAACCUCUGCGACCACGCGUGCACGCAGGCCAGCAAGCUGAAGCGCCACAUGAAGACCCACAUGCACAAGUCGUCCCCCAUGACGGUCAAGUCGGACGACGGGCUCUCCACGGCCAGCUCCCCGGAGCCCGGGACCAGCGACCUCGUGGGCAGCGCCAGCAGCGCCCUCAAGUCCGUCGUGGCCAAGUUCAAGAGCGAGAACGACCCCAACAUGAUCCCGGAGAACGGGGACGAGGAGGAGGAGGAGGAGGAGGAGGAGGAGGAGGAGGAAGAGGAAGAAGAGGAGGAGGACUUGAACGAGAACGAGAGGCCAGACUACGGCUUCGGGAUGAACCUGGAGGCGGCCCGUCACCACGAGAACAACUCCCGGCCCGGCGAGGACAGCCGGUCGAUGCCGGACGUCAUGCAAGGUAUGGUCCUGAGCUCCAUGCAGCACUUCAGCGAGGCCUUCCACCAGGUCCUCGGGGAGAAGCAUAAACGAGGGCACCUCUCCGAGCCCGAGGUGCACAGAGACACUUGCGACGAAGACUCGGUGGCCGGCGAGUCCGAUCGCAUCGACGACGGCGCGGUGAACGGCCGGGGCUGCUCCCCGGGGGAGUCCGCCUCCGGGGGCCUCUCCAAAAAGCUGCUGCUGGGGAGCCCCAGCUCCCUGAGCCCUUUCUCGAAACGCAUUAAGCUCGAGAAGGAGUUCGACCUGCCCGCCGCGGCCAUGCCCAACACGGAGAACGUUUACUCGCAGUGGCUGGCCGGGUACGCUGCCUCGCGGCAGCUGAAGGACCCGUUCCUCAGCUUCGGCGACUCCAGACAAUCGCCCUUCGCCUCCUCCUCCGAGCACUCGUCGGAGAACGGCAGCUUGCGCUUCUCCACGCCGCCGGGGGAGCUGGACGGAGGGAUCUCGGGCCGCAGCGGCACGGGAAGCGGCGGGAGCACCCCCCAUAUUAGUGGCCCGGGCCCUGGGAGGCCCAGCUCAAAAGAGGGCAGACGCAGCGACACUUGUGAGUACUGUGGGAAAGUCUUCAAGAACUGUAGUAAUCUCACUGUCCACAGACGGAGCCACACGGGCGAGAGGCCCUAUAAGUGUGAGCUCUGCAACUACGCCUGCGCCCAGAGUAGCAAACUCACCCGGCACAUGAAAACCCAUGGGCAGGUGCGACGUACCCCCCCAGCUGGCGCAGUGCCCAGGGAGCCCCGGACGUCUGGCAGUUUUCGGAUGGAAGUUCGAGAGCACUUAAAUUCUGAGCGGACGUGAAGCCCGGGGCAGCGGCGGUCGUGGUCGUGGCAUCCCGAGGUGGCCCGUUUCCCUGCUAGCUCGACGCGCUUUCUGACGCUAGCUUGAGAAGUCACCAUCCGAAGGCAGCGUUCUCCAGGCUCCUUCCGCCUGCAAGACUAUCGUAUUUAUAUUUUGUAAUAGAGUACAACACUUCGUUUUUUCUUUCUUUUUUUUUUUGGUUUCUUUUUUUUAAAAAAAGAAAAACCCCCACAAAAAGCAAAAGCACCCACCCACUGUCAAGGGCUUAUCAGUGGCUUUGACUGGCUCCUUUCCCUUUGGAAAAGACUGUCGUGCUCACGUGUUGAUACCGUGUGGAGAACCCAGCCUGUUGUUUAUCUCCGUUACGUGCCAUUUCUUAGAAGGUGCAUCUAAU